UCUCUCUCUCUCUCUCUCUCGGCCUUUCACUUGAAAGUCCUUGAUUGAUUCAUCUUUUAGCUUGAAAUCUCGAUUUCAAAUCAAUUCGAAAAUCUCUCUGUACUCGACAAUUCAACUCCAUAUCGGGUUCUUUUAAAAAGGAGUAAAACCCAUCUUCCCCCCGCACCAUUUCAGUUCCUCACACUCUCUCUCUCUCUCUCUCUCUCUCUCUCUCUCCCAUUUCCAGUUCUACAUUCUAACACUGAAAACCCAUCUCCCUCUACCCCAUUUGAAGAUCAAAGCAUUCAAAGAAAACGAAAAAAAAUCCCAGAAAACUCUCUCUCUCUCUCUCUCUCUCUCUCCAUACAAUUUCAAGUUCUACAUUCUAACACUGAAAACCCAUCUCCCCUUUACCCCAUUUGAAGCUCAAAACAUACAAAGAGAGAAAAAUUCCCAGAAAAGUCUCUCUCUCUCUCUCUCUCUCUCUCUCUCUCUCUCUCUCAUUUCUCAAUCCACCCAUUUCAACUCCUUCACUUAUAUAGAGAAAAAAGGCCUCCUUUCCCGUUCUACCACAUUAGACAGAAUUUCAUUAAAGAAAAUAUAGAAGAAAUUCAGUCUUCCAAUCCAAACCCAAGAAUUUCUCUUCUAAUUUCGAUCUCCUUCCAAUAGAAAAAAAGCUCUCCUCUUCAAUUCCCAACUCUCCAAGCCUUCCAAAAGAGCACCCAUGAAAGACAGAGGCAAGGCAGUUGAAGCUUCCACCUUCUUCUCAGACGCACCUUGCAGAAAACACCCAUCUUCCUCUUCCGUCGGAAUCUGCGCUUUCUGCCUCAAAGACCGCCUGAUAAAGCUCGUCUGCUCCGACUGUGGCGAGCAGCGCCUCUCGUCCUGUUCCUGCUCUGACAUCUCCUCUUCGUACCGGAAUUCCUGCUCUGUCGAGGUCGGCAGCGUCGGUCGCAUCUCCUUCCUCAUCGAGAACGAUACUGCCACCGGCUCCGAAUCCGCAGGGCAUCUCUCGAAGCCUUCUCUUUUAUCUCUGUUGAAUUGGAAUUCAAAGCUGCAGCAUUGCAGAGAAAAACAUGAAGCCGAUGGUCUGCUCAAGAGAAACAGCAGCAGCUCUGUUUUCGAGAAAAGGCGGGAUUUUUGGCACCUGGGAUGGAUUUUUAAGAGGAAAAGGGAGAUGGGUUUGUCUGAGUCGAGGUCUGUUUGCGGUUUUGAUGAAUCAGAGGAGGGUUUUGGGUUUCACAGAGAUGGAAUGUUGGAGUCUGGAGAUGGUUUUGGGAGUAUGAAGAUGGGUGGUUUUACUGAGCUAGAAGGUGGUAUUUUAGAGUCUGGAGGUGGCUUUGAUAGCUUGAAAAGGGAUGGUUUUCUUGAAACAGAUGGUGGUUUUAUAGAUUUGAAGUUUGGUUUGGAUGGAGAUAGGACUUCGGAGUCUGCUGAAAGUGGUUUUGGGGGUAUGAAGAGAGGUGGUAUUGGUGGUGAUAGGGGAGGUGGUUUGAUUGAUUUGAAGGUUGGUUUUUCAACAAGUAUGAAAGGUGGUUUUCCUUGCUUGAAGGGUGGUGGUUUUUCGGAAAGAGAAGGUGGUUUUGAAGGUAGUUUAGGAGAUUUGAGGAGUGGAGGGUCUUGUAGGAUUAGAGUGGAUGAUGAGUCUGGAAUUACAGCAACUAAGAAAGGAUCCAAGGUUUGGAAAUGGAUUUUCGGGAGUUCAAGUGCAAGGAAUUCAAUUGAGAGAAGGAAUGGUGGUGAGUGAUUUUUUUCUUUUGGAUUGUAAUUGGAAGAGAUUGGAUUUUGGUAGGUUUCAUGUGUUGCUGUGGUUGAGAUUGUGAUAUCUCUCUUCAAUGGAAUGAAAUCUCCUGAGACUGAAAAAGCAAAAGAAAAGAAAAGGAAAGCUCUUGUUGUAAUUUGACUGAAGUUCUUCAGUGGGGUUGUUAUUGUACUCCCUCUUUUUUUAAUGGAUACACCCUUUCUUUUUUA